GAAAAGCCCAAGACUUUCACCAUCAAGUAUAAGCGUCCGCGGGGCAGCAGGGCCUGUACUGUUUGCCGGUCAAGAAAGGUCAGGUGUGACGCAGAAAUCCACAUUCCUUGCACCAAUUGUAUCACUUUCGGGUGUGACUGCGUGUUGCCAGAAGCCAAGAAGCGCAGCAACCCGUCACAGGACCUGCGUCCUAAGCGCAAGCAGACACUUCCCGUGACCAAGAAGGAACGGUCGCGAGGCGCCGACUCCGAAGGGGAGUCAGACCUGCGCGAGCAUCUCACCACCAAGUCCGACGACACCAGCAAUGAAACCAUCCUCAACAUCUCGCAGAUCAGCUUGCCGCCAUCCCUUACCUCCAGCUACAAGUCGCGGCCCACCAUGCACAAAAAGGAGAUGUUGAACUCGAAAUCGCCCACCGCAGCCCUCACGUUCUUGGGAUCGUCGUCCAUAGGUGCCAUCGCCCAGAAGGUGGACGAGAACCACGUCCAGUUGACUGCAGACGUGUUCGACUUUGGCGACGAUGCCUUGGACUCGGUGGAGUUGGAGAUCUUGAAGUUGCGUGGGGCGUUCUUGUUGCCCAGCCAUGAUUUGGCUCUCGACAUAAUCAACUCGUACUUCGAGCACGUCCACCCGUUGAUGCCGGUGAUCAACCGCACCGAGUUCAUGCGCAAGUUCGAGGAUCCCGACGACAACCCCUCGUUGAUGCUCUUGCAGUCGGUAUUGUUGUGUGGAAGCAGAGUGUCCAAGAACCCCCUCUUAAUGGACCACAACAACUCCACAAUGUUGGCCUCCUUGACUUUCUUCAGAAGAGCAAAGGCCUUGUAUGAAGCCAGCUACGAAAGCGACCCAGUUUCGGUGUUGCAGACCCUCCUUCUUGUUGGUUCAUUCUGGGAAGGCCCGGAAGACGUCACCAAAAACUCCUACUACUGGACGAAGGUGGCCAUUGCGUUGGCCCAAGGCUAUGGUUUCCAGAGAGAUAUCAGCAAUUCAAAGACCCUCAGUAAUUCCGAUAAGAAAAUCUGGAGAAGAGUGUGGUGGUGCUUGUUUGAAAAGGAUCGUAAUGUGGCCAUUGCUUUCGGUAGACCUGCGGCCAUCGACUUGAACGAUUGUGAUGUGCCCAUGUUGACCUUGGAAGAUUUUGACGAAAACGACAACGAGUUGGGAAUUAAAUCGCCUUAUCCGGUGAAUGAAACCCAGGCUCUUUACUUUAUCCACUUGGUCAAGUUAGCUGAAAUCACAGGAAUUAUCAUCAAACACCAAUACUCAGUGAAAUCUGAGCAAUUAAAAAGAAAGAAUAAAUUCUCAAUUAUUCAACACUGUGAUAUGUUGAUGGGUAUAUGGUUCACAAAUCUUCCUCCUCAAUUGGUAUUUUCGGUUAAUGAUACUUCGAAUCAAAACUUCUAUUGUUGUCUAUUGAACGCUCAAUACUACAACAGAUUGUACUUAAUCCACAGAUCCAACUUGAUUAGAAUGGCUAAGUCUUCGUCAACCAAUCCAAACAAUUACAGGUAUCCUUCUUGGGGUAUUUCUUUCCAGGCCGCAAGAAUGAUUUCAAUGGUUUCAAAAAUCUUAUAUGAACGUGACCAAGUUAAAUACUGCCCUGUGAUGUUCGUCUACAUCUUGUUCAGUGCGUUAAUGAUGUUGAUUUAUCAUGUCGAUUCUGCCAAUCAAGUUGUUGCGGUCACUGCUUCUGACUCUUUGUUCGUGACCAAGAAUGUGUUACGUGAGUUAGCCAAAUAUUGGCCAGUAGCUAGAGUCUUAAACAAGUUGUUUGACAAAUACGCCAACGAUAAGAUCAAGAGAGCCAAGGUAAUUGAAAACGGAACUAAGAUUGCCGAAUACCAAGAGCUCAACGCUAACAUCAAAGCCAUGAAGAGAGAGAAUAGUAUUAAUGACUAUUACACCGAGAAGAAUAACAACAACCCCACUAAUAAUCAAACUGGAAGAUCUCCUUCUGCCUCGGUAACAUCUGGUAUUUCGCCGGGCGGUGCUUUGUAUGAUUAUUCGAAACAGCAGAUCACGUCAUCAAAUCAACCAUCCGCGCAAAAUCCUACUUCUGAUCAAGCUAAUUUUGAAGAGCUAGUGCAGAAGUUCAAGCAGCCAAAGAAGCAUCAUGUUGAAUACCAUGAGAUGUUAGAUACCACAGCAAGUAAGAUUUCGGAUGAUACUUCGCCAACUUCAUCUGCUCAUUCGUUCCCUGACAUUUCUUUGGUGACGGAAACAAUGCCCGCCAACUCUAAUUUCUUUGAAAACUUCGAACCUACUCAAUUAUUCCCAGAACACAGAACUAGUGCACCUCCAACAAGAGCUCAGUCUCCACAGAUUGUCACCGACACUAGCAUGGGAGACCCACUGAACGGAAAUGAAUAUAGCAAUGGUCAACAAGAUCAAUUCAUGGGAGGGGAAAAUCCAUAUCCUCCUACUACCCCCGGUGGAACCUUGAAUACAAACUUCAUCGAUAGUUCGUUCAUCAAUAUGAACUUGCAAUCAGGAUUCGAUAGCAGUUACUUUGGAGAUGACGUGGGAUCGAUGUUUAGUAUGCCUCACUGA